UCAUCUUCAUGUGAAGACACAAGUUCUUUAAACCCUUGAUAAACCUCACCAGGACCGAAUUGCGACCCAUUUUCUUUCAACACGGAAAUUCGUUUGGUGAUCAAAUCCGAGCAAAGAAUCGACGCAUGUCUUCAUCUCUCUUAUCUCCUCCUCCGCUGUUCACCCAUCCGGUAUCUUGUUCGCUCCAUCAAGGGUCUGGAAAACAAAGCUUUUGUGGAGUAUUAUGGAGAAGGAAGCAGGUUUUAACAAAGAGAAUGGUAGUGGUUAAAGCAGGAGCAAAACGAGUUUCUUUCGAUAAAAAAUGCAGAGAAGGUUUAGUUGCUGGUAUAGAUAAACUCGCUGAUGCUGUUUCUGUCACUUUAGGACCAAAAGGCCGAAAUGUUGUUCUUUCUGAAUCUGGAACACUCAAAGUUAUCAACGAUGGUGUCACCAUUGCUAAAGCCAUAGAGCUUCCUGAUUCAAUUGAAAACGCAGGAGCAGUGCUUAUCCAAGAGGUUGCAACUAAAACAAAUGAUUUAGCUGGUGAUGGAACCACCACUGCAAUUGUUCUUGCAAGAGAAAUGAUCAAAUCUGGAUUAUUGGCUGUAGCUUUUGGAGCAAAUCCCAUUUCUUUAAAGAAAGGAAUGGAGAAGACUGUAAAAGAAUUGAUCAAAGUUUUGAAAAAGAAAUCGAUUCCAGUCAGCAAAAGAGAUGAUAUCAAAGCCAUAGCUUCCAUCUCUGCUGGAAAUGAUGAAUUUAUUGGAAACUUAAUUGCUGAAGCCAUUGAUAAAAUCGGUCAUGAUGGAAUAAUCUCCAUUGAAUCUUCUUCAUCAAGUGAAACUUCAGUGAUUGUUGAAGAAGGAAUGAAGAUCGACAAAGGAUACAUGUCUCCUCAUUUUGUCACAAAUCAGAACAAUUUAUCUGUGGAAUUUGAAAAUGCUAAAGUCCUGAUAACAGAUCAAAAGAUAUCAUCUGUGAAAGAAAUUGUCCCAUUGCUAGAAAAGUGUACUCAAUUAAGUGUCCCUUUGCUCAUUUUUGCUGAAGAUAUCUCAAUCUCAGUUCUUGAAACCCUAAUUGUUAACAAAAAUCAAGGUUUACUUAGGGUUGCUGUUGUGAAAUGUCCUGGUGUUGGGGAACGAAAGAAAGCUUUACUUCAAGAUAUUGCCCUCAUGACAGGAGCUGAUUUUUUAUCUGGAGAUUUGGGUUUAUCUCUAGAAUAUGCAACCUCUGAUCAGCUUGGAAUUGCACAAAAAGUAACUAUAACAAGUAAUUACACAACUAUUGUAGCUGAUUCAUCCAUGAAAGCUGAAAUCAAAGCAAGAAUUUCACAAAUAAAGAAAGAUCUUUCAGAAACAGAUAGUUCUUAUCUCUCUAAAAAGCUCAGUGAACGAAUUGCAAAACUCUCUGGUGGUGUUGCCAUUAUCAAGGUAGGGGCCCACACUGAGAUGGAAUUAGAAGAUCGAAAGCUAAGAAUUGAGGAUGCAAAAAAUGCCACGUAUGCAGCCAUGGAUGAGGGUAUUGUGCCAGGUGGUGGGGCCACAUAUAUUCAUCUUCUGGAGGAAAUUCCCUCCAUUAAAAAGUUAAUGGAAGAUCCAGAUGAAGAAAGUGGUGUCAACAUCAUAGCAUCCGCGUUGCAAGCUCCUUCAAAACUGAUAGCAGCAAAUGCAGGGGUGGAUGGUGAUGUGGUGGUUGAGAAGAUGAAGAAACUUGAAUGGGAAUUUGGGUAUAAUGCAAUGACAGAUACAUAUGAAGAUCUUGUUGUAGCAGGAGUCAUUGACCCUUGUAGGGUUUCAAGGUGUGCCCUUCAAAAUGCAGUUUCAAUUGCUGCUAUCAUUCUCACUACCCAAGCCAUUUUAGUUGAGAAAAUAAAAGAGAAAAAACCACCCGUACCUCUUCUUCCUGGAAUACAUCCUUGAAACAUGAAUAUGAGAGGAUUGAGUUUGUGCCUGUGGAACUCUGUUUGACUUUUUUUGGUCAAACUUAAAAAGGUCAGUUGCCGAGUUUCAAUUUCUUACAUGUAGACCUGCCCGGAAGGUCAAAACCGGUUCGGGCAGGGGGUGUGUAAGUUGUGGGCAGGAGAUGGAAUGGGCAUUGAUGGCGGUUCUUUUGGUUGAAAUGGAGUUGUAAUGAUAUAUUUAGAAUACAAAGGAAUUAGUGGAAAGAAUCUUUUAUUUUGUUUUUGUUAAACAUGAAUUAACUCAUGGUGCUUGAUUCAAAAUAGAUGAAAAUACAUCAAUGUUUGUUUUAA